AACCCUCAAAAACCACUCUCAUUUCCAUUCCCAUCUCUCAAAGAAAACCCUAACUUAGAGAGCUCUGGAUCUCAAACAACAAAGUUCGUACAAGCCAUGGAUGGAUUCGUGGACAAUUUUGAAUUCUCACCGAAAUCAGGGUCACCACAUUUUGAGUUGUUUAAUGCUGCUUACACUGGGAAACACCAUAACUUUAAGUGGUUGGCUUCAGAUCAUGCUAAAGGUGAAGGGAUUGGAGUAGCAACUGCGAUUGCAAAGAUUAGAGAUGAAGAUGAGAGAGGAUGUCUUCAUUUUGCUGCUGCAGGAGGAAGUUUAGAAGUUUGCAAAUACUUGAUUGAGAAAUUGAAACUUGAUUUGGAUUCUAAAGAUAGAGAAGGUCACACACCCUUGUUUGAAGCAACUAUACUAGGACAUUUGGACACGGUUCGAUAUCUUCUUGAAAAGGGUGCCAACGCUGAUGCAAGAACUGAUACGAAUUACACUCCUUUACAUUGUGCUACAAAGAUAGGUGAUACAGAGAUAAUAAAUUUGUUACUUUCUAGAGGUGCCCGUGUAGAUGUUGCAUGUAGAUCUGGCACUGCCCUUCAGAGGGCUGCUACUUGUGGUCAUCGCGAUGCUGUUAAAGUGUUGUUGGAUCACGGUGCAAAUCCUAAUGUUGUUACCUCUCAGGGUAUGCUUAGACCUCUAAUGGCGGCUAUUUGUUCCAAGUCAUGGGGAAGUAUGGAACUUUUACUGCAGGCGGGCGCUGAUCCAAAUGCCGUAUCAUGUGGAAAUACACCUCUGAUAUUUUCAGUGAGGGAUGGACGCAUAGAUGAUAUCAAACGCUUACUGGAAGCUGGUGCAGAUCCAAAUUAUGUAAAUAAUUUUGGGCUGACAGCAUUAGAGAUUGCAGCCAUGAUUGGCAAUUAUCCAAUUAUUGGGGUUCUUUUUUCUGUGACGUCUUGCAUCUCAACUUAUCCUGAUUGGAGCAUUGGCGGACUAUUGAUGCAUGUAAAUUCUGAUGUAAACAAAAUGCAGAGGGGAGUCUAUGAGAAGGAGAAAUUUCUUCAGGCAAAAUCAAAAGGAAGAGAUGCAUUCCAGGAAGAGCAGUAUUUCCUGGCAACUCAUUGGUUUCAGGAGGCCUUGGCCGCUUUUCCAACAGAUGCAGCUGUACUGUGUAACAUGAGUGCCUGUUAUGCACGUAUGAAUGAUGGGAUCACUGCACAUGAGUAUGCCCUUAAAUGCAUGAAAGAAAGGCCUGAAUGGCCCAAGGCUUACUAUAGGAUAGGUGUCGCGCUCAAUAUACAGAAAAGAUAUCAUGACGCAGCAGGUGCCUUUCUCGAGGGUUUGACGCUGGAUCCAAGAAACAAAGAGCUUAAAGAUGCGUACAUGGCAGCUGUUGAAGCUAGAUUGAACUCUAUCAAAGGGUAAGAAGAUAAUGCUGAGUACUGUGGAGAUGAAAGCAUUAAAAUGACAGAGUAGAUAGUCACUUGGGAAUUAAUUCUGUAAAUGAAGUACUCUAAAGACAUCCGUUGGUAGUUGAAGCAUAUGGUACUAAUGGGUAACUGCAGUUUUUCAUACAUAGGUUGUCCGUUUGAAUAUGGUAGUUUAUAUCACCUAGUUAGGAGGCUUUUCCGGUGUUUAUCUUUUGAAUUUUGAAAAGUCACUUUUGUAUAUUCCCAAGUUUUCUGAUAGGGUACCACUUACCAACGAGGAGUGACAUGUUGGAUAUCUAUAAAAUCUUUUAAGCCAUAUGAAGGUUACAACUUUUGAUCUGCAA